ACACUCAGAGGGUCCCAGGUAACAUCUUCAGUCAGCUUCUCAUUCAUGAUGCUGUCCCUCUGUUAUCUUACCGUCUCCUUGCUGUGGAGUCUUCCUUUCCUUUCCCCUGGGCUCGCCAUCCAUUGCAAUGAGACGCAAUACGAAUGGCCGAUAGAUGAGCCCACGUUAUGUUGCAACAAGUGCCCGCCAGGUUAUUAUUAUAGUUCACGCUCAGAAACCACUUGUGACACCAAGUGUGAACCCUGUUUAGGUGAGCGGUAUAUGGAUACCUACAACCUGAAAACGAGUUGCGAUAUUUGUAAAGUUUGCAUAAGAGCAGCUAAUUUUGAGAUUGCGUCCAGCUGUAAAACAACCCACAACACUGUUUGCAAGUGUAGAGCUGGCCACAGAUGCAAAGAUGUGCUCUGCACAAAGUGUGUGCCCAUCCCAACGACCGUCAAACCCACCCUGCCACGAACCACUACAGUAAAAGUUGGGUCCACCUCCACAACCAGCACAACCAAAAAAAUAAAUAACUCACUCGGAGGUGCAGUCGAUACGCAGUGGUUCCUGGUGAUAAUUGUCCUUCUGUGUGCUGGAAUUGCUCUGGUUGUAGUGACAAAAAUCAAGCCAUUUCUGCACUGGAUCCGGUCCAACCAAGUUUAUUUUUUGGAUCACAAACCUGUCACGGUCCCUCUACGUGCAAUGGACGAUGAUGUGUCCAAGCCAGUCCAGGAGGUGUGUGGGAAAUGUGACCAUUGCAUAGAUUUAUGUAUAAAAUAAUAGAUCCUUACGUCGGAUGAGUUCAAAACAAAAGUCUCGACAACAUUUUCACUGACACAAGAAAGAAUCAACACCUUCCUUUUUUCUCUGGAUGUUUAUGACCAAUGGAGACAAACUUUACUCUAGUCGUUAUAAUGAAGAGGACCAAAGUGGACGUAUGGCUCAGGGAUGAAUGCUGUUCCCUGAGAGAAAGGAUUACAGUAAACCUGGGUCCUGAUUACUCAAAAACUACAUCUACAAAAACUGCAUUUGGAAGAUUUGUUCUACCAAAACACACGGAGUGGCACACUAUAAUAGUCCUGGAUGGACUGCUUGGUCUUUUGCUAAAUAGCUAUGUGCUAUUGUAAACUGUACUAUUUAAGAUAUGCACACAUGAGAGCAUAUUUAAAUAUCAGUAAUGAGAUUCUCACUGAGAAAUUAUCCAGGUAGGUGUUUUCAAACCUGUUCCUUAGUAUAUAUAGUCACAUUUAAAUAUAUAUACUGUAUAUAUGUAUGUAAAUAGACCUUAAGCUGAUGUUUUUGGCAGAUCAUGAAUACUGAACGUGAAACUUUUCUGAAAACUUAAAUGUUUUUCACUUCUCUUUAUUCAAAAUAAAAAGAAAUCUUCCACUCAAAA